CGAAACCUCAUCGAAAGAUUUCACAAACACCUCAUAUCACUCCCUAUCCUCCACAACUCCGCCAUGGCGUCCCGGAGACUAGCUUUGAACCUCUCGCAGGGGCUGCGAAGCCGGGCAGCUCUUUCCAGAGCGAGCCCUCUCACCCGGGGCUUCGCCACGCCCGCCAGCACCCCCUUCGGCAAGACUCAGACGACAACCUUGAAGAACGGACUGACGGUCGCUACCGACUACUCCCCCUUCGCCCAGACCUCCACCGUCGGUGUUUGGAUCGAUGCCGGCUCAAGGGCUGAGACCGACGAGACCAAUGGCACCGCCCACUUCCUCGAGCACCUUGCCUUCAAGGGUACCUCGAACCGAACGCAACAGCAGCUCGAGCUCGAGAUCGAGAACAUGGGUGGUCACCUGAACGCCUACACCUCGCGCGAGAACACCGUCUACUUCGCCAAGGCCUUCAACUCCGACGUUCCCCAGUGCGUCGACAUCCUCGCCGAUAUUCUCCAGAACUCCAAGCUCGAGGAGUCUGCCAUUGAGCGCGAGCGCGACGUCAUCCUCCGCGAGUCCGAGGAGGUCGAGAAGCAGAUGGAGGAGGUUGUCUUCGACCACCUUCACGCCACCGCCUACCAGCACCAGCCCCUCGGUCGCACCAUCCUCGGCCCCCGUGAGAACAUCCGCGACAUCACCCGCACCGAGCUCACCAGUUACAUCAAGAACAACUACACCGCUGACCGCAUGGUCCUCGUCGGCGCUGGCGGUAUCCCCCACGAGAAGCUCGUCGAGCUCGCCGAGAAGAACUUCGGCGGCCUUGCCUCCACCAGCCCCCAGACCCAGGCUUACCUGCUCUCCAAGCAGAAGGCCGACUUCAUCGGUUCCGAUGUCCGUGUUCGCGACGACAACAUCCCCACUGCCAACAUCGCCAUCGCCGUUGAGGGUGUCAGCUGGAACAGCGACGACUACUACACUGCUCUUGUUGCUCAGGCCAUCGUUGGCAACUACGACAAGGCCAUUGGCAACGCCCCCCACCAGGGCAGCAAGCUUAGCGGCUUCGUCCACAAGCACGACAUCGCCAACAGCUUCAUGUCCUUCUCUACCAGCUACAGCGACACUGGUCUCUGGGGUAUCUACCUCGUCACCGACAAGGCUGACCGCAUCGACGACCUCGUCUACUUCGCUCAGCGCGAGUGGAUGCGUCUGAGCCGUAACGUCAGCGAGGCCGAGACUGAGCGCGCCAAGGCCCAGCUCAAGGCUUCUAUUCUCCUGUCCCUCGAUGGCACCACUGCCAUCGCCGAGGACAUCGGCCGCCAGCUCAUCACCACCGGCCGCCGUGCCAGCCCCGCCGAGAUCGAGCGCACCAUCGACGCUAUUACCGAGAAGGAUGUUAUGGACUUUGCCAGCAGGAAGCUUUGGGACCAGGACAUCGCCAUCAGCGCCGUUGGGAACAUUGAGGGUCUCUUCGACUACGCCAGACUUAGGGCCACCAUGAAGCCCAAGUACUAA